AGUGAGCAAUGAGCGAGUGUACAAAAGCAUGUAUCGAGCAGUCACGUGUAGCUCUUAUAAGCGGCGGCCUGUAUCAGACAAGCGCACGGGAUUAGCUUCCAAGUUGCAGCAAACCAUUUCAAAACUACAACUGAUUGUUGAAACACAAUGGACUUGCCUUCCUCCGAGAAUUCACAUUCAUCUAUCGGCAUUCCUCCCGGUCGGCGACGAGCUGGUAAAUCAAGGUCCCGUACCGGAUGUCGCACUUGUCGAGCCCGGCGGCUCAAAUGCGACGAAGCCCCCGGAGCAUGCCAAAGAUGUACCUCAACGGGGCGAGUCUGUGAUGGAUACGAUGUGCAGCGACUCCCUCGUCCUCCACGUAGAAAGAUAGCAACAGCCCCCCGAAUCCCUGCCCUGGUGCCAACCGGCUUUCGCUUCGCGACUACGUCGGAUGAGAACCGCUGCUUCUCAUACUUCCAGCAUCGUUCUAUCUCCCACUUGGUUGCCUCGUUCGAUGACCCCCUCUGGGAGAAACUCGUUCUGCAGAUGAGCUACAAUGAACCGGCCGUGUACCAUGCGAUCGUGGCGCUGGGCUCGAUCCACCAAGACCUGGAGCAGCAUGGCUUGCCCCUCCCUGGACAAACCCCGAACAGCACCUGGAGCCGCUUCGCAACGGAGCAGUCCCUCCGGUCCUCCUCCCUGCUCACCCAACGCCGGAGCUCGCAGGACCCCGCCUUGCGGCAGGUUAUUCUCGUCUGCUGCUUGCUGUUCACUGUGACCGAGCUUCUCUGUGCGCGUCCCGACACGGCGAGCGUACACCUAGCGGGUGGGUUGAGGAUCCUCCGGGAGCUCAAGGCACAACGGUGCGUACACUCCGAACAAAGCACCCUGGCGACGUACCUGCAUCUACAGGGCCAGUCCUUAUUCUUAGCGAGUGAGGGCCCUAUUCUGAGGAUCGACUAUGAGAUGAUCUACGAGUGGGCGUAUGAAAAUUAUAUCUCCGGUUUCACGACAUUCUCCGAGGUCCAGCGAGCAUUCGGGCCCGUCUUCAACGCCAGCUGCGGCUUCCAUGUGCGUUUCUGGAAGCAACAGCAAGCAAUAAACUACACCGAACAGACAUAUGAGGCCAGCCUCGUCCCGCUGCGUGUACUGUCAUGCUUGAAUCGAUUCCUGCAGGAACUCGAGGUCUUCUUGUUAACCGCGCCACCGCAGGCGUUGGGUGAGAAGGAGAGGCGCGGAGCGCAGUUGAUGAAGGUCAUCUGCCACGGACAGAUCGUAAGUGUCAAGAGCUGUCUCUUGCGUAGCAACGGCCUCCCAUUGGAGUCCCUCAUGGAGGACUAUGUGAAUCUGCAGAGGAUGCUGGAUGAGACUUUGACACAGGUCCCAUGCCGCCCCUUGAUCAGUCUCCGGGCCGGCCUCACCCCAGUCUUUUUCCUCUUGGCCCAGUGCCCGGACUAUGAGAUUCGCUGGUGGGCCAUUGAUGGGUUGCAGACCUGGCCGCACUGUGGGGGCUUCUUUAAUUCUAGGCAGAUGGCUCAGAUGGUGCUGGAAGGGAUGAAGAUAGAGUUGAGAGCGCUGCGGGAGACGCAUCCGCAGGGUAUGACUGGGAAAGUGUCUUUUGUGAGGGGAGCGGAUGGCUCGUCGUUUGCCCGCAUGUUGUAUUCGAGGGGCGGUGGGGAAUGUGUACGAUGGUUGAGGCUGGAUGGUUGAAGGAAUAUUGCGGAGUAGGGUUGGCGCAUAUCAUUUGUAGCUGUAAGAAUUGCUUAGAGAGCUUUCUAGAUGACGUUGACGGCUAGAAUCCGUUGGAUAGAUGAGAGGGGUGACUUGCAAGUGAGAGCCGCAUUCGGUGUACAAAACGAUGUGAGCGCUUUCAUCUUUGCGUCUGGACAUUACUUAUGCUUAUUGAUUAUACUUUCACUUCGAAUUUGUCAUCUGGCGUAUAUCCAAGAACGGUUUGGGAAGCCAUCUCUUCCCACAUGUUGACAUCAGCCCGAAAAUCCUUUCGGGCCUUCUGA